AUGGAUCCCGCGGAGCUCAAGCGGGUGUUCCAAAUGUUUGAUCGGAACGGUGACGGCCGGAUUACAAAAAAGGAACUCAGUGAUUCGCUACAGAAUUUGGGGAUCUUCAUACCGGAUGAAGACCUCAUCCAGAUGAUCGAGAAGAUCGAUGUAAAUGGCGAUGGGUGUGUUGAUAUCGAGGAGUUCGGGGCAUUAUAUCAAACAAUAAUGGACGAGAGGGAUGAGGAAGAGGACAUGAGGGAAGCAUUCAACGUAUUCGAUCAAAAUGGUGAUGGUUUCAUUACCGUUGAGGAAUUGAGAUCAGUUUUGGCAUCACUUGGGCUUAAGCAAGGAAGAACCGUAGAAGACUGCAAGAGAAUGAUAAGAAAGGUUGAUGUUGAUGGUGAUGGCAUGGUUAACUACAAAGAGUUCAAGCAGAUGAUGAGAGGUGGAGGUUUUGCUGCAUUGAGUUGAU